GAACGCCUUCUCCCCGUCAUGACGGCCAACCCGAUGCAGACUGUGACCGAGAUCUGCGGCAUAAUUCUGGGGCAGGAGGGCAAGCCUCUGGAUUCGUCCGCCUCCCUCUUUGACCUCGGAAUCGACUCGUUGGGUUUCGGGGAGCUCGUCCUCCAGCUUGAGGGCUCCUUUGGCGACGGCAUCAUCACCGUCGACGACAUCAUGGACUCGCCCUCGAUCCACGCGAUCGCCAACAAGGUGUCGGGCGGCAAGCUCGGCGACCACGCCGCCACCAAGCAGGCCGCGCCCAAGAUCGAGCAGGCCCCCACCGCGCCCACCUCCACCGCGCCGACCGAGAUCGCGGUGUCGGUCACCCCCACGCGGGUCGCGCCCUUCGCGCCCACCUCCGUCCUCAAGACCCCGGCGCCGCCGGUCGCGCCCGUCACGCCCCUCGACGCGGGCGUCAACUCGGCCGUCCUCGAGCGGCUCAGCAUGCUCGAGUCGGCGUGCAAGGAGCUGCGCUCGCUCGUCAUCGCCUCGACGCCCGGCGCCGAGGCGGCGGCCCCGUCCCUGGAGGCGUCCGCCGCCGCGCUCGUGAGCCAGCCCGCCGCCGAGGCGCCAAAGCCCCAGCCCAAGCUCUGGAUCCAGACGACGCACGUGGGUAGCCUGCCGCGCGCGCCCAACGCGAGCGACACGGGCAAGAUCAUCAGCCAGCAGGUCGACGUGGGCAUCGACAUCAUCAACGACGGCGAGUGGAGCCGCGACAACUACGUCGCCGACAUGCUCCAGCGCAUCGACGGCGUCGGCCUCGGCGCGGGCGUGGUGAUGAGCGAGGGGUGGUCGUGCGUCUGCGAGAUGCCGUGCGCCACCGACAUGCGCACCGUGCCCGUGUACGCGAACCGCUUCACCGGCGCGAAUGGGCUCAUCACGCUCAACCCGCGCCGCGUCGCGCAAGCCAACAUGGCGUGCCACGCCCGCCCCACCUACGUGCUCUCCGGCGCGCAGCAGGUCCGCGAGACGGUGCGGCCGCUGCUCGAGUCGCUCGCGGCAGCGGGCCGCUCGCCGUCCGACUCGUUCUGGAGCGCGCCGUCCCCGGGCACGAUGGCCGUCUUCUGCGAGGACCGCUUCUUCCAGGACCACGUGAUGUACGUGCGCGCGCUGGCCGAGGCGAUGCGGCCCGAGUACGAGGCGAUCGCGGCGACCGGCCUGCAGCUGCAGAUCGACUGCCCCGACCUCGCCAUGGGCCGCCACACGCGCCACGCCGACCUGAGCGACGAGGCCUUCCUCGCCGUCGCGGAGGCGAACGUCGAGGCGCUCAACUACGCGCUCGAGAACAUCCCGAUGGAGCAG